CCUCCAGCCGGCGGCGCUUGUUGUUCGGCGGCGGCCGCAGCUCUAGUUGCAGUUUCGGGCCGCCCGCCCGCCCGCCCGCCGCGGUUCGCGUGUGCGGCCAUGGAGCUGGAGGUGCCGGAUGAGGCAGAGAGCGCCGAGGCGGGUGCCGUGACCUCGGAGGCGGCCUGGGCGGCAGAGAGUGGGGCAGCGGCAGGUUUGGCUCAGAAGAAGGCGGCCCCAACAGAGGCCCUGUCAAUGACUGGACAGCCAGGCCCUGGCCAUGGGAAGAAAUUGGGUCAUCGAGGUGUGGACGCAUCUGGUGAAACCACCUAUAAGAAGACCACCUCCUCCACCCUGAAGGGGGCCAUCCAGUUGGGCAUCGGCUACACCGUGGGCAACCUGAGCUCCAAGCCCGAGCGGGAUGUGCUCAUGCAGGACUUCUAUGUUGUGGAGAGCAUCUUCUUCCCCAGUGAAGGCAGCAACCUCACCCCUGCCCACCAUUUCCAGGACUUCCGGUUCAAGACCUAUGCACCGGUCGCCUUCCGCUAUUUCCGAGAACUAUUUGGGAUCCGACCAGAUGAUUACUUGUACUCCCUGUGCAAUGAGCCGCUGAUCGAGCUCUCCAACCCAGGCGCCAGUGGCUCCCUCUUCUAUGUCACCAGCGACGACGAGUUCAUCAUCAAAACUGUGAUGCACAAAGAGGCUGAAUUCUUGCAGAAGCUGCUUCCUGGCUACUACAUGAACCUCAACCAGAACCCGCGGACACUGCUGCCCAAGUUCUAUGGGCUAUACUGUGUGCAGUCGGGGGGCAAGAACAUCCGAGUGGUGGUGAUGAAUAAUGUCCUCCCACGUGUGGUCAAGAUGCAUCUCAAGUUUGACCUCAAGGGCUCCACGUACAAGCGGCGGGCAAGCAAGAAGGAGAAAGAGAAGAGCAUCCCUACCUACAAGGACCUAGAUUUCAUGCAGGACAUGCCUGAGGGGCUCCUGCUUGAUGCCGACACCUUCAGUGCCCUGGUCAAGACACUACAGCGGGACUGUCUGGUGCUGGAGAGCUUCAAGAUCAUGGACUACAGCCUACUGCUGGGAGUGCACAACAUUGACCAGCAUGAGCGUGAGCGGCAGGCCCAGGGCUCCCAGAGCACUGCAGAUGAGAAGCGUCCCGUGGGCCAGAAGGCACUGUACUCCACAGCCAUGGAGUCCAUCCAAGGCGGGGCUGCGCGUGGGGAGGCCAUUGAGUCAGAUGACACGAUGGGUGGGAUCCCCGCUGUGAAUGGCCGUGGGGAGCGCCUGCUGCUGCACAUCGGCAUCAUCGACAUCCUGCAGUCGUACAGGUUCAUCAAGAAGCUGGAACACACCUGGAAGGCUCUUGUCCAUGAUGGAGACACUGUCUCUGUCCACCGCCCCAGCUUCUAUGCUGAGCGCUUUUUCAAGUUCAUGAGCAACACGGUGUUUCGGAAGAACUCCUCCCUGAAAUCGUCCCCAUCCAAGAAGGGACGUGGGGCCUUGCUAGCUGUCAAGCCCCUGGGGCCCACGGCUGCUUUCUCUGCCAGCCAGAUCCCCAGUGAACGGGAAGAUGCUCAGUAUGACCUGCGGGGGGCACGCAGCUACCCCACACUGGAGGAUGAAGGCCGGCCUGACCUCCUGCCCUGCACACCGCCUUCUUUUGAAGAAGCCACUACAGCCUCCAUCGCCACAACCCUGUCGUCCACCUCCCUCUCCAUCCCUGAGCGUUCCCCCUCGGAGACAUCGGAGCAGCCACGGUACAGGCGGCGCACACAGUCCUCUGGACAGGAUGCCAGACCCCAGGAGGAGCCUCACGCGGAAGAAGACCUACAGCAGAUAACGGUGCAGGUGGAGCCCACGUGCAGUGUUGAGAUUGUGGUCCCCAAAGAGGAGGAUGCAGGGGUGGUGGCGUCCUUGGCUGGUGCCUCUGCAGCCGUUGAAGCAGAAACUGCCAGUCAGGCCUCAGAACCUGCCAGCCAGGCCUCGGAUGAGGAGGAUGCACCUGCCACUGACAUCUACUUUCCCACCGACGAGAGGAGCUGGGUGUACUCCCCACUCCACUAUAGUGCACAGGCCCACCAGGCCUCCGACGGCGAGAGUGACACAGUAAGUGUGGCCCGGGGUCGAGGCCUGAGAGAGUGUAGUCCCCCAGACACUCAGGGACAGGUGGGGAAACUGAGGCUGGGGUGGUGGGGAUGGGAGGCCCAGAGCCCUACCCUGGGGUCUGAUUUGGAGGUGGCCAUAGGAUGAGGAUCUCAGGGCCUGUCAGAAUACAUGGUUCCUGGCAGAAGGCCCAAUGGGUGACCUGGGGGCAGUCCUAACUGGUGCCCACAUACACCUUACCCACUCUUCUCACCUCUUUCAGUAAAUCCUAUGCAGUCCCUAACCUGGCCGCUCCCUGGAGGCACUGCCCACCCAGCUGAGGCCCAGAGCUUGGGGAGACCCCACCGGACCUGCCCACCCACCUGGCCUGACUUCAUCCUCCCCUGAUGGAUGCUGCCAGCCAAGCCCUCCCCACCCUGACAGCUCUGGGCCAACAAGCCUCUCAGGCCACAGUGCCCAUCAACUACCUGCACCUGGGAGACUGGGACCUUCCUGAGCAUCAAAUCAUAUAUUUAUUUUGGGUCCUUAAAUCUUUGCACAGGGACAGAAGCACGUAUGUGCUUUUUAAGGAAAAAAACCAAGACACAAAAACAAACAGAAAAAGAAGAAGCUUCGUUCCACUGCACUUUUUGGUUCUUGCUGUGCUUGCAUGGGUCUCUCGGGGGAAACAAGGAUAUUCCUGCCACGUUUGGGGAUCUGUACCCCAUGUCCUGGUCACCCUGGCCAACGACCACACUCCUAGUCUCAGCUCGUGACUUGCAGAGGGGACAGCAGGGUCCAUCACUUACUGGGGUUCCUCAGAGAACAGAGGCCACCUCCUUGCCCAGAAGCAGAUCCUCCCUCCCUCAGCUCAGGUUUGGGGGCCAUGGUGCAGGACCUCUGCUCUUAGCAGUGGCCUUGGGGACAGCUCUUACCCGGAGUCCUCAGCAUCUGUGUUCCUGACAUUCAGGCCUCCUGCCUCCUCAUGAGUGAGAAUCUCUGGAUGCCCACGAUCCAGAUACAUACGGGGGCCUGCUGCCAAGCAGCAGCCAGCCACUCCCACAGAGCUCAGGGCUGGGGGCAUGUCCCCCUCCCAGUGUGAACCAUGCAGCAUCCAACAAAGACAUUCCAGAGACAUGAGACGCCCCUUCAAAGCAAGAGACGGGCAGAAGGCUGAACCAGGCCACAAGGCUUCCAGAGAGAACUUAUGUCAUAGAGAUGGACUGGGGGCUGAUGGGUAGGCCAGCCUUGACACAUGGCAGCCACACCUGGCCUUGUCCUAAGGCACAGUCUAGAGAGGCAGAUUCCUCUGCCCUAAGUGUUGCCUUCUGGACCAGGGUGGGCAUCAAGUUUUAAAUGAUGUCAUUCCUGUGUGUAUCAAAGUUUGAGAGAAGACAUUGUUUUGGGCUUGCCACCCUCAGCUGAGGUAGUGGCACCUGCCUAGAGAAGCCAUCCAGCCCAGAGCCCAACAGGGCAGCCACCGGGGUCCCUGCUAUGUCCAAAAAGCACUGGCUAGAGCCAAAAGCCUGGCAGAGUGACACCCCCCACCCCCCCAGCCGAUGGACCCUCACCCUGCCUGUUACAUGAGUCUCCAGAGACAGGACAUGUUGGUGACAGUUCCCUGCCUCUCUUCUAGUCUGCCAGCAGCACAGCCUAGGAUGGGGAGAAGUUAGGGGCAGGCUUGGAGCAGAAGUUGCACCUUCUAGGAGAAUUUUUCUCUAGUCCUUGCUUCCCUGGCAGAGCCUGAUGUGAGACUGAGACAGCUAGACAAACACAGGGAUUUGAUUUGUUUUGAAUCUCUUGCAAGCUCCUGUGAUGAUACUGCCACGUCCUGCUGUUCAGGUGGCACUGGCUAGAGCCAUCCCCUCCCCCAGCCUGUGCCUGCCUGAGCUAUGGAGAACCAGGCUGUAUUCCCUGGGGCUUUCUCCCCAGCAGGGACAAACACUCCACUCAAGCAGUUCUUCAAGUUUCAGCCCAGAAAAGGGAACAGUCUCCAGCAGGAACCAGCCACCAGUGUGACUCAGAAGAAAAGCCCGUCUGGGGUCCUUGCCUCCUGCCUGUAAAGGUCUGUCCAGCCCUGGAAAGUCUCAGCCUCAAGUCAGAGCCGAGUGCCCAUCUGCUGGUGCCCAGCAUCCCUGUUCAUCCCAGCAGACCCCUGGGGGAGACAGGGCAGGAGUCAGAAGGGGCAUCCAGGACCUGGAUGACCAACAGGGAUGGCAGCAUCACCUCAUGGGCACCUAAGACCCCCUGCAGCUGUGGGGAUGACCUAGAGCAACAAACACAUUCCCAGACAUUUGGGCUAUGUCCAGGGUGGCUCCCUUGGCUCUGCUGAGUGGUUUCCAGGACACAGGAGUCUUUGUCAUUUGCUUACCUGCAGGAGAAAUUUGCAAAUCUCCGUAGACAUCACAUUUCUGUUGUGUUAAGUCUCCAAGACCCUGUUGGAGACACAUUUUGUGUUGGCUGCAUUAUCUUGUUCCUUGCCAAAAAACUGUAAAAGGAUGCUGACGUGUUCCACAGACUGUGAGGGGGAGCAUUUGUUUAUUAUUUUCAGGCAGGGGGCAGGAAGGCAAGACCUAUUUAUAAUGUUUAUUGAACUUAUGGCCUUCCUCAGACCCCCAGUGAGGAAGGGCCCUGGACCCACCCAGCUGUCCCCCAACCUUGGGAAUCUGUAAAUAACUAGGUGGCUGAGGCCCACCAUCCUUCCUGACCUGUGUCUCAUAGCUGCUGCCGCUGAGAACAUGGACAGUGUCCAAAUUCUUGUACUGUAAGGACAAAAGGCAUUUUCUCUGAGACUGACAAGGUGGAAACUUCCAUGUGCCCCACCCCAUCCCCAAAGCCAUCCCAACAUGUCCCUUGUCCUCCCCCCCACACCUGGCUCAGUGCAAUACUCCUGUCCCUGUGGGAUCCCUUGCCAUGGUACUGUCACCACAGCCCCUCUGUCCCUGCCCCAUGACAAGCGCCCUCAAUCUCCUUUUCUCUGGUGGUUCAAUCUCUCCACCUAACCCACCCUGAUCCUGUUUUUAUGACCGAACUGAUUGCAGAAAUAAACUGCAAACCUUGUGUGUCUUAACUCCCACUGGGAUUCCACUCCAUUCCUCUGCCCUGAGUUCUGGUCCGUGACAAUCUGGAGUACCAAACCUCAUGGCACAGGCAAAGGUGCCAUGUUCCUCAAACCCAGAACUGAGGGCACCUCUGAAACAAGACAGCCUCUGCUGGCCCCAAAUGACACUUGUAUGCAGCCCAUGCCCUGCCCCUCUAUCUGCACCCUCCCUUUUUAUGUUGAAGAGAUCUCUAAUAAAUCGGGUAUUAAGCAUCAUCCUAA